CUUUGAACCAAAAGCUUCGAUGAAAGGGCUUGGUUCCAACGCAAGAGCAUCACAACGCGAGCGAGUGCACGGAUUGGAGGGAGCUCAGAACCGGCAAGCAGGCGAGAGAGAGAGAGAGAGAGAGAGAGAUAGAUAGAGAGAUAUCAGAGACAGGCAAUCCCAACCCUCCGCAGAGCUACUGUACACGGACACGCAUCUCUCUGACUGGGAUACACUGGUGUAGACUGGGAAUACAGACAGCAAACAUGGGACGAAGUGCGUUCUGUCUUGUUGUGACUCUACUGUCCCACUGCGCAUGGGGAUAUGUCGAGGCUCUCGCUGCCAAUGCUGGCCCCGGGUUCGCGGUGGCAGAGCCGCAGGUUGCCAUGUUCUGCGGCCGGCGGAUUCUCCACAUCAACAUCCAGACGGGCCAGUGGGAGCCAGACCGGGCCGGCAGGCUGGGCUGCUUCACCGACCCGGCCCAGAUCCUCAGCUACUGCCAGGAGAUGUACCCUGAGCUGCAGAUCACCAGCGCGGUGGAAUCCUCCCAGCCCGUCACCAUCAGCAACUGGUGCAAGAAGGGCUGGGGCCCCUGCAAGAGCCACCAGUUCAUCGUCCUGCCCUACCGCUGCCUGGUGGGAGAGUUUGUGAGCGAGGCUCUGCUGGUUCCUGAUCGGUGUCGUUUUCUGCACCAGGAGAAGAUGGACUCCUGUGAGAGUUACAUCCACUGGCACAACAUCGCUAAAGAGGCCUGUGGAACCGAGGGGCUGGACCUGCGCAGCUACGGCAUGCUGCUGCCCUGCGGGGUGGAUCGAUACAGGGGGGUCGAGUACGUCUGCUGCCCAGAGAGGAGCUCCGGAGCCAGGCUAGAGGAGGCAGAGGAGCUGGGGAAAGAACCGGGGGUCGUCACUGUCGAAACUGAACUGCAGAGAACCGGAGAGAAGGUGACCCCCCCAACCUGGGAGCCGGUCCAGCCGUCCCAAAGCCAGGGGAAGGAGGAGGGGGAGGGGGAGGAGAGAGACGACUAUGAUUACAACUUCGAGCCAAACCAGACCCCAGAUUAUCUGGACUCCUUCUACUACGACCGUCUGACCGAGGGGAGCCAGGCCCCCACAGCUCCGAGCUCUCCGCCUCCCGAGGCUGUAGCCGUCUCCACCCCUCGCCCCACGGACGGCGUGGACGUUUACUUUGAGAUGCCCCGCGACGACAGCGAGCACGCCAGCUUCCUGCGCGCCAAGAUGGACCUGGAGGAACGGCGAAUGAAACGCAUCAAUGAGAUCAUGAAGGAAUGGGCCGAGGCAGACAACCAGUCCAAGAACCUGCCCAAGUCCGACAGGCAGGCUCUGAAUGAGCACUUCCAGUCAGUUCUCCAGACUCUAGAGGACCAGGUGGCAGGUGAACGGCAGCGGCUGGUUGAGACUCACUUGGCCCGCGUCGUCGCAAUGCUCAACAACAACCGCCGGGUGGCGCUGGAGAGCUACCUGUCCUCGGUGCAGGCCGACCCUCAGCAGCCGGAGCGAGUCUUGCAGGCUCUGAAACGCUACGUCCGCUCCGAGCAGAAGGACCGCAGACACACGCUGCGCCACUACCAGCACAUCGAGGCCGUCGACCCGCAGAAAGCAGAGCAGAUGAAGUUUCAGGUUUACACCCACCUGCAUGUGAUCGAGGAACGGAUGAAUCAGAGCCUGGCUCUGCUCUACAAGGUGCCCAGGCUGGCCCAGGAGCUGCACGAUGAGAUCCAGGAGCUGCUCCGCUCCGAGCGGGCCGACGCCAGCGAGCUCAUGACCACCUCGUUCUCGGAGACGCGCACCACAGAGGAGUUCCUGCCGAUGGACAGCGCGGAGGUGCGGGACGAGGAUGAUGAUGAUGAUGAUGGUGACGAAGAGGAGGAGGAGGGGCAGGAGGAGGCCUUUGAGACCAGACCCUACCCCCUGCUCCCCCACGCCGCCCAGGACUCCCUCCACAACACAGACCAGGCAGACUCUCAGCAAAGCACCAAGAAAGCCUCUGCGAUGGAUGAUUAUGACUACUCUACGGUAGAGAAGACCAACUACGACUACGAAGACAAGGUCAACACCACCGUGGCUGUCAGAGAAGUGGUUUACAGAUCCUCGGAUAUCCAGAGAGACGAGCUGGAACCGGACGCCUUGGAGACCUUCAACCGCGGCGCCAUGGUGGGUCUGCUGGUGGUGGCGGUCGCCAUAGCAAUGGUGAUGGUGAUCAGCCUGCUGCUGGUGCGCAGGAAGCCCUACGGGACGAUCAGCCACGGGAUUGUGGAGGUUGACCCCAUGCUGACCCCGGAGGAGAGGCAGCUCAGUAAGAUGCAGAAUCACGGCUACGAGAACCCCACCUACAAAUUCUUAGAGCAAAUGAACUGAGAGAGGGGCGGAGUCAACGGCCACGCCCACAGGAACCGACUCACAGCAGGAAUAAUACAUGCUUUCCACUAAACUCCGCUAGGGACCGUGUCCAAACUCCCCCGCUAAACGAAAAACGCAACGCUCUCGUGUGGAAACCGGCCUGCAAUUUCCCACGUUCCCUUAUUCAUUUGACUUUGUUCAAGUUACAUAAAGUUUUAUAUAUAUAUAUAAUAUGUUAUCCAAAUUCAUGCAGUGCAUAAAAAGUAAAAAUGUGAAACGGCUUUAAUUACAGAAAGCGUGGUUCUAGCAUUUGUUUUAUUUCGACCUUGCUAAAUUAAAUAAGUCCUGCCUUAUCUUUACAAGUUUUAGUGUCUUUCAAAAAGGAUUCUCCUGCUUUUAAAAAAAAAAUCAGAAACAAAGGAAACAUGCAUCGUUCUGUUACUCAAGAAGGAAGGAGCGAGCUUUCUGUUUUCAUAUAUACUUUAUACUUGGAUGUCAUCCUAAUUUAACUGCGGAACCAGCAGAUAUUUCCAGACCGGCGCUGUACCGUCCGCGGAGACAAGGGUGCUGAAAUGAAACCGAGCGAUUUCCUCACACCGCCUGUGCGACCUCGCGGACAGCAGAUCAGUGUGCGAAAACCACAAAUAUCCGAUUUUCAGAUUAUUAUUAUUAUUAUUAUUAUUAUUAUUAUUAUUAUUAUUAUUAUGUUACAGCACAUUGAUCUGAUUGAACUCUUGAAGGCAAACGGAUUUGCAAUAAAUCUGUUGCAAUAGGAUGUAUAUAUUUUGUUUCGUUUUUAACUCCUGUUUUUAUUCUGUGCUGUGGUUGUAUAUUUCCCUUUCUGUUUGUUGUCUCUCGCGUUGUGUCCUGACCUCCUGAAUCUCACUCGUGGCUCGUGGAUUCAGUGUCGGUAUCUUUUGACUGUCGUUGGUAUCUUCUUAGAUUUUAAAGGAGGGUUAUUGUAACAUUGGAAAUCAUAGCUCACUAUGUUCUCCCCCCAGACGUCCGAAGGCAUUAAAAAAAACUAAAUAAAUAAAAUAAUAAAACACAAUGAUCUGCAUGUUGUUUUUUUUAUUAUUUAUAUAUUUUGGGCACUUUCUAGAUGUGACCACCAGCAACACCAGGGCAUACAGUAUCAUGGAACCAGCCAGAAUGGCUGGACACGAUUUUGAUGAAAAUGAUUUUUCUUUCUUUCUUUAGUUGUAGUUUUCAGGCUCCGUGUCACCUAACCUGAGACUCCGGUGCUGGGUAGAGGGAGGGGAGGGGAAACAAAUAAAAACAUGGCUGCCAAAAAUAGACUGUUCAACCAGCACGGGGAAAUUUAUCAAUCCCACAGACUGUUCACUGCGGUGUACUUGAAAUUGUUUUAGAUUUUAGCUAGUUACAUUUUUUCUUUUAAGAGAACUGUUUAGUUUUGAGUUACCUAGUGAGGAAAUGUUGUGGCCCGGUCUGCAUUCUGCAGCCUGGGACUAGAGUAGUUUCUGGAUCUGGGGAAAGGGUAUCGUACAUUGGAGAUGUUACUCAUAGUUUGAAGCUGUUGUUCUGGUGGUUGCUUAAUACUCCGCCCCUUUCUUUACGCUUCUGGAAAGUUUUAAUUUGAUUUUGGGAAGAACUUGCCUCGUGAAUCUAGCAGCGGCUAUCUCACACGAAAGUAUUGUACCGCGGAGUCGAUAUUACAAUAAAAACGUCCUCCCGUCACACGACCUGUUAGAGAUGGAAGAGAAGGACUCUCCAGUGUUAUGUAUUGCACAUGUCAGUCAUGCACCCUUUUAUAAUCUCUGUCGCAGGGACUGAUAGGAGCGCGGUGAUUCCUGACACUGAAUGCAUUAAAGCAGUGUUUGAAUACAUGUCCCUGAUCCUGAAACACUGCACACCCUCCAUUUACAUUGUUUGGAGGACAAACAGUCAACGCUGUUUUGUGUUGUUUUUAAUGCCAACCACAUUUACCGUCUUGCCUGGCAGUAUGUUGAGUAGAACCCCUCUUGUGAUGCCCGUCGUGUGCCCCUCCUGUCUCUGUGUGCCCCUCCUGUCUCUGUGUGCUGCGGUUGGUUUGCACGGGGGGGUUGGGGGGGGCAGGAUUCCGACUUUGUGUUAAAAUUCUGAUUUGUGUAGAAAGGUCUUCUCGGCGUCUGCUCUGAACUUCGGAGAGCGGAGCAGACCUUUGUUCAUAUCACCUUGGUACCUGUCCGUGUGUCUGUUAACCCUGUAAAAGAACUGUACGAAAUUAAUAAAACAACAAGAAAGAAACGAAAACAGAACUCUAAUAUAUAAAAUCUGUCUUUUAAA